AUGAAGAAGAUCGUUGCUUAUGGGGCCACACAUUUCAUCCUACUUGCUAUAUACACUAUGAAGGUAACUCAUGGGAGCUGGACUAUGUACAAUAUCCUUACGACUACAACACGCAACAGCACAGUGCACAUCCUCCACGCCACAUUUCUGAUUUUCCUGAUGUGUUCCUUGGCAGGCUUGGUAAUAGAUAGAGUGUUCAAAAGCCUCCGGCCCGAGGAGAUAAGCAACUUCAACGAGUCUCUGCUCUAUUUCUUGACCGACUUUCUUCUUGUUGUAUCUACGUUUGACAGCGAUGUCAGUUUCAGGAAUGGUCUUCUCUUUGUUAUGCUCCUCUGUGUGAAGUCUCUGAACUGGCUGCUGGUCUCAAGGAUCAAAAGGAAUGUCUAUCCCUCCUUGUAUGGGCUUGCAUAUGGGAUAUCCCUAUUCUCUGGGCUUAUGGUGGUUUUGUUCACCCUUUCUUGCAUUUCUUCCAUCACUGGCCAGAUCCUCUUUCUUUUCGAAUACACUCUUCUUGUGAUUGCCUCUAUAAAGAACAUAUGUGUCAUGAACUUGAUUCAGUCUGAUGACGAUGGUAAGAGAUCUCUGUACAACUUCUAUAUUGACAUAGCCUACAUGAGUAUCAUGCUUCUUGUUUAUGCUCUAUUCAUAGGAAUCACCUCCAUCAACUACAGGCUUCCCCUGAAUCUCUUCCGGUCUGCAUUGACGAUAUUGGAUGCCUUGAUUUCGAAGGUUAAGAUGUUUCUCAGCUAUCUCAGACUAUGCAAGGAGCUUGAGAAGUGUGUAGAAGGGUCGGGAGAUGGCUUCUGUGCAAUCUGCAGAGAUGAUAUGGAGGUCGGGAAAAAGCUGGCCUGUGGGCACUGCUUCCACAUCGAAUGCCUGAAGAUGUGGUGUGAGCAGCAGCAGACAUGUCCAAUAUGCAAGUCCAAGCUUGCCUUCGAUGUCAAAAAGGAGAGUUUUGUUGUGGGAAAUGAAUACAUCUCGGGAAUUCCUGUGACAAUCGACGGCUAA